AUGUUCCGUGAUGAACUUUCAUCAAUGCCUGAGCUGGAAGGCCUUAUUGGUUUCCAUGAAAUUGAAUCUACUCUACACAAACGCCGUCGCCUAAAUCAGCCACGGAAUCCACGCACACCUGCAGAAGCUAUGGCCAUGCUCCAAGCACCAAACAAAUUCUCCCACAUCUACAGAGGAUCAGUGGAGAACGGUGGAGGAGUUGCUGUGGUUUUUGGGUCACAAAGUCAUUUAAACACAAUUCUUGAAAAUAUUGCAUUGGAUCCAACAAUCUGCACCACCAUCUUUGUAGAUGCCACAUUUGGCAUUGUUCCAAAGAUGAAAGAGCAGAAAUUCUAUGAGCUUCUAUUUGUGCAGGUUCAAUAUCGCAACAUUGCGGUUCCUUUGUUUGGUGCACUUAUGACCGGUAAGACUGAGGAGUUAUACACUGAAGUCUUGAAGUUUAUUGCUGCACAAUGGCCAGAGUUCCAGCCAGCUGAAAUCAUGGUGGAUUUCGAAAAGGCCCUACAUAAUGCCACUAAAGCAGCAUGGCCACUGGCAGGAGUUCAUGGGUGUCGGUUUCAUUUUGCUCAAGCAUGCCUAAAAUACAUUCAAACCAAGCAGCUGGCAAAGGAGUAUAUCAGCAAUCCCCAAGUGAAGAAAUGGCUGAAAAGCACAAUGGGGUUGUGUCUUCUACCUGCUGAUGCAAUAGUCCCUGUCUGGAUGGAUCACUGCCAAAAAUUGUCACAGUUCCAUGGAAGUGCAGCUUUGACCCAGAAACUGAAUGGGUUCAAGAAUUAUAUGAACAAUUUCUGGAUCCGCCGUGUUACACCUAAAGUAUUUUCAGUGUUUGGAUUGAACCACAAGACAAAUAACUAUGCGGAAUCUCUCCAUGCCCGAUUGAAUCGUGACUUCAAGUCCAAGCAUCCUGGAUUUUGGCGAUUCAUGGAAUUGUAUGAGCAGCUGGUGAUAAAUGAAGUCACUGCAGAUUUGGCUGUUAUUCAUCAAGGACGCCUACCUAGAAGAAUUCGUCCAGCUGACUUACAGAAAGUCAGUAUCAGAAAAUAUGAGGAGCAGUUGGUCAAUGGUAUCUUAUCACCGCUACAGUACUUUGAGAAAACUAACAGAUUUUUCAAAGGAUUAAAGGCCAAGAAAGUGCUGAUCAAGAAUGGAAAUGCUCCUGUUUCUGCUGGUGAAGAAGGCAAUGACUCUAGCGAGGAAUCUGCAUAUGAUGAAACCUGGCAACUAGAAGCUGUUUUUGAACCAGAUCAGCCAGAAGGGGCCCAAGGAAUGAUACAGGCUGCAGUAUCUCAGACACAUAAUAAUGAUGAGCUCAUCUGCGUAAUCUGCAUGGAGCGUUACCGGGAUUGCUUUUUAUGGCCUUGUCGACAUUGGAAGGGUUUGUGCAUCUUCCUGAUCGUGAAUAAGCGUGAUGAAUCCUGUUUUGAUCUUCUUAGUAUGCUGAUUUCUAAUCCUGGUGAUGAUAUGGACGAUGAUGACCACGACGACGUGGAGGACGUUCUGCGUCAAGAUGCGAUUGAGAAGAAUAAAGAAUUGGGUGAAAUGAUGCAAGGAGCUUUUGAUCAUCUGUCAGAAGAUUCUUAUCAAGAUUCGGAAAAUGACGGAGCCUCGGAAUCUGAAGAUGAGGUGCAUCUCCAGCGUAUACCAAACCGCUUGGUGUCUGAAGGAGCUCCUCGAAACGACAGACUUCGAAUAGCAACGUACAAGCACAAUGAAAAUUUGGAAAACGUUCAACCCACUUUACGUAAACCAGACCCUAUCGUUAGAACGAAGCCUUUGCAACAAUCUGAUUUUGGUGCCCAGAAUCGUGUUCCCGAACUUCAAAUUUUGUUGGAUGCUAAGGUUCGAGAACUAGAACGGCUACAACAAAAUUUUCAGAAUCAAGCUCAAUCUCAUUCGCUUGAAAUACGCUCAGUGCGUCAGCAGCUCGAGUUCCUCAAAACCGAGAAAGCAAAUCUAGACGCAAUUAUUGAAGGAAACCAAGCAAUAUUUCAAGAGAAAACGAAAGAAAACACUAAUCUUCGGUCACUUCUUGAAUCUGUCAAGGCAGAGAAGGAUCGAGUGGAAAAUCUGAAUCGUGAGCUUACGUUGGAAUUGACAACCCACAAAGCACGCGUCGAAACGCUGGAAGAAGAAAUCAGCGAGCUAAAACGUUGUGAUACUGCAAAACGUCUCAUUCAAAAUGCGGAAAGGAAACUUGAAACCUUGCAAGAAGUUCAUCGUCGUGAACUUUCGGAAUGCAAUGAUAAACUUCUCGCUGAGCGACAAAAAACUACCAAAUUAACACAGGAGCUGGAACGAUCGAAGAGGACCUUGAAUCAACAAGAGAGAGAAUGGGAAUCACAAUUGGCUGAUAAAACGGCGACUGUCAAUCGUUUAACUCGCCUGAUCAAAGAUGCUCAAAACCAAUGUGCAGAAAUGGUCCUCGAGUCUCCCAGGAAUGCCGUUGAAAACUCCGACGUUUCUAUUCUGCGUUGUCAAGCCUUGGAGACAGACGUGAAGCGAUUGCAGCAAAGAAAUCGAAGCUUGAAGCAUGAUUUGGACGUCGCACGUCGACAACUCGAAAAUAAACGAUACCAAGCUGAUGCCACUUAUCGCGGUUUGUUGGAAAAAGAUGCAUGGGAAGACGAAAAGAUCCACCUUGAAGAUCAGAUCCAGAAUAUGCGCAACGAGAUGGAUAUCGAGCGUGAGCGAUCCUCUCGUGAAAAGCGGAAUAUGUUAAUGAAACAUAAAUUUCAGAUGUCAACUUUGAACAGAAAACUCAAGGCCAUAGUUGAACGUGUGCGGCGGAUGUGUGCAUCCAAAAAUGCACUCGAUUGCGCCGUUAUUGAAUUGAAAGUGGCUUUUGCAAGGACCCAUUCAUCGAAAGCUAUCGAUGAAGUCGUCAAAGAAGUCGAGAUGGAAUGGAAAACAAAGUGGGAGACCGCGCAGAAAGAGCGCGACGUCAUCUGGAUUGGUAAAUUGAAAGACGCUGUUGAUUCAGUGAAAACAAGACGAGAAUCUGAAAUUAUGAAACUUCAAGACGAAUUGAAAAAUCGAACUGCCGAAAUCUUGAAGCUCAGGAAAGAGCUUCAAGACCGGGAUUCGAAAGCUAAAAAAACUUCGGAGGAAUUGGCGAAACUCCAAGCAGAACUCGAAGCUCGUAAAGGAGAAGUAGCGAAGGCAUCUGAAGAAUUUCAAAAGCUUGAAAAAGAAUUUCUCGCUUCAUGCCAGCGUCCUCUGUCUCCAGUGCCUAAUCAUACAAUGGUCUCGUCCAUGCCUUCAAAUGAUGUUGAACAAGAUUUGCAUGAAAUGUUAAUUGCAAAAGAUGACGAACUGACCACGGUUACGCGGAAGCUGCAAGGGGCCGAAGCGUUGUUCCGUGACACCAUUCAUAAAUGGCUGACCGAAAUUGAAAUUUUGAAAACGAUCAAGCAGCGGGAAGCGGAGUUGAACGUUGCCAGAGUCAACCGUUAUAAAUCUGCGAACAAGGCAUUGAAGGAAAAGUUGAAAACGUACAAAAAUCUCCUCAGGGAACGGCAAUUGAUCGACCAGAAGAAGAAAGAAGUUGACGGUUUAGCUGCUGCAUGCAAAUUCACGAUGGUGUUCGAAUCAGUUGUGACGGAUUUGUUAAACCGGUUCCUUGGAGCUUAUGUAGAGAACUUGGAUAGAUCGCAGUUGAAGUUGGGCAUUUGGGGCGGCGAUGUUGUUCUACGCAACUUGCGGCUCAAGAAAAAUGCUCUGGACUCCAUGGAUCUGCCCGUCAGAGUCUCUCAUGGCUUCCUAGAAAAAAUGGAGUUGAAGAUCCCAUGGACUAAUUUGUACAAGGCCCCUGUGAUCGCCGUGAUUGAUGGAGUGUUCCUCAUCGCGGUACCCAAGUCGACAGUCGAGUACGAUGCGGCCAAGGAAGAGAAAAUGGCGUGGGAAGUUAAGCAGAAUCGUAUCCAGCGCGGGGAAGAGAUACACGAGCUCAAGUCCCUGGCUGCCGGGGAAGGAGCUGACGAGAAAGACGCCACUUUCGUGGAGAAGCUGAGCUUCCAGAUUAUCAAGAACAUUCAAAUUCGCGUGGGAUCGGUGCAUAUAAGGUACGAAGACACCGUUUCGAACCCGUCCCGUCCCUUUAACUUGGGAGUCACGAUGAGCAGCCUUGUGCUGGAGUCGACCGAUGAUUCUUGGAAACCGGGUACGAUCCCGAAAGAAGACGCCAAGCUGGUUUACAAGUUGGCAACGUUGAAUUCUUUCAAUGUUUAUUGGACCCACGAACACAUGGAUCUCUCGGCAAUGUCGCCGAACGAUGCGAUGCUUAUUGACUUCCUCAACCACUGGUCUCUCUUCGUGCACGUGAUGGGACCGAUAACGUCUGAAGCGAAGUUGAGACUCAACCCGAAACCUGAACAAGUUGACAACUAUGCGUUACCCAAGAUAUUCCUCGACUUGGUGAUUUCGUCGCUUGACAUUGUAUUUUUGCGGCGCCAGUACCAAGAUUUUAUGUUCUUGUCCGAGAACAUCGGUCGGAUGAGACGCGCAGAGCCGUACAGGAAAUAUCGACCCAAUGUGAAGACAUACCGGGGACAUUACAAGAAAUGGUGGCAUUUUGCGUACACGUGCAUUUUGGAAACAGAAGUGCGAAGGAGGCGUAAUAACUUCUCUUGGGCACGUAUACAAAAGCACGGUGAAUGGUGCCGUCAAUAUCAAAAGCUUUACGAAGGGAGGAUUAAAGAUCUUGCUUUGAAACGUGAGCCCGGCGCAAAAAUGAAAGCCGAUCUUGAGGCUUUGGAAAAGAAGCUUGACGUGUUCAACAUCCUGAGGCUGAGGCGACAAGCUGAAUUGAACGUGAAAAAAGAUGCCGAAACCAGACCUAAACGAACUGGCUGGUUAGGUGGAUGGUUUGGAUCGGGAAAUCAAGAAGUUGAAGGAGAUUUUGCAAAAAAACUUCAGCAAGAAAUGUCGCCCGCGGAAAAAGCCAAACUGUACGAAGCCAUUGGAUACGGCGAAGAUGAAGUUAUUCUUCCGUCCGCGUAUCCCUCUGAUUAUGUUGCACACCUUUUCAAGUUUUCGUUGACGAACCUGGGUGUGUAUGUCCGACGCCGAGUUCGAUCACAUGGCGAUUCUUCCGCUGAUCAAUUCGAGAAUGUGUUGCACGGAGCGCUGCAAGAAGUUGAGCUGUUGUUCAAGCAGAUUCCUGCUGUACAACUCUCUAGUGUCGAAUCUUUGAUUGGUGGCAUGAGUCUCACGGGUGUGCCGGAAAAGAUCGGUUCGAGCGAAGGAGUCAAUCUGUUGCGCUCGAUGCACCCGCGGAAAAACCUAUCCGACGCGAUGAAGCAUUUGGACGAGGGAAAAGACGCUCGGGAACUAAUUGACGGCGACGACGAGAAAGGCGUCUUGAUGUGGUGCACGGCUGAGGUGAACCCCCGCGAAGGCGUCGACUACGGGUUUUACUUGGGUAGCCGGCCUAUUGAGAUAUACUACGAUGGCCCGACUGCAGCUGCCGUCAUGGACGUUUUCAAGAUGCCUGAAGAAUCUGUUCUCACCCAGUUGGAACUCACCGCUUACGAGAAAAUGGAAGAUAUCCGUACGAUGUCCGCGUUAGGGCUUCAAUAUGCCAUGGAAACGUCGAAAAUUGUGGAUUUCGACGUGAAAUUUCGCGGACCAUUCCUGAUUGUUCCGGAUGGAGGACGAUUCACGACGAAUGCCAAGUUGCUGGUUGUGGGCUUGGGAGAUUUGAUCAUGAAAUCCCAGACGGAUGUGAAUCGGAAACGUAAGAAUACGUUGGAGAAAGUUAUUCGUCGUUCUACGACGAAAGGAAGCAUUUCUGAGGAUAUUUUGUCCGAGAUGAGAUCACAGAGUUAUCAUCAGUACCAGUUGGAGUUGAAGCACAUGCAGGUGCUUGUUGUAGAUCCGAGCGUCGAUUGGAGACAAGAAAUAAGGCAGAAAGAAACACCAUUUCACGUUAUGGCGCCGAUGUCAUUUUCUGUGAAUGUAGGCCAUUGCGUUUUGGACAACGAUCCCGCUUUACCAAAAUUGGCCGUUGUUGGCGGCAUUACGGAAAUCAAGAUUGAUCUGGAAGAGACGCAAUUCUAUGAUCUUCUCAAUAUAAGCUAUUCUGCGGGAGCAAGUUAUCCGGCCCCAGAACGAGACGAGGAAUUACGAGCACAGAAAAAGCUGAUGUUGACCCAGUAUGCGAAAAAUCGGAAGCGCGAUGAGUUGUCCGAACUUUCAAGCAUUCCUGAAGGUAGAGAAGUGUCUAUUGACGAAGAAAGAAAGAAACUUGCCGGAGCGCAAUUGGAGAAGAAAGCAGCGCGAACUCAGCUCACUCAGCUGGACUUGAAAUUUGAAAUCAAGGAAACAAAACUGAUGAUCAGAGCGAAAGUACCGUUAACAGAAAAGCUCUAUGGCAUACCGUUGCUUCACUUCGGCAUCGUGAGUUUACAGGCAGACUUGUUGCUCAAAACGAAGGACAUUGAAGCAGGAUUGUCUGUGGGUGGGGUUGAAGUGAACACGAUUGCCGAGCAAAAGUACCAAUUCGAAGAAUCCGAAAAAACCGGUCGCACGAAAGCAGAAGCUAUUUUGCCAUUGAUUCGAACGGCGAUGAUUGCCGGAGACGCCGAAUAUCUCGUCAACGUGCGAUAUUCUCAGGUCGAUAGAUCGUCGCCCAAAUUUUUGACACCAGAACGCGGCGGAGUGCUGCAACGGAUAGACGCUCAGUUUGCCGAUUUCGACAUCUCGCUUGAGGAAACGGCCGUCAGGGAAUUGAUGGAGUUCGUAAAACACGUUCAGAUUGAAAUUGAUGCGAUUGGAGCUAGAUUUGCUCCUCCACCUGAGAAACGAGAGCGUCGUCGACGCAGUUCGUCGUCUGCAGUUGCACAGAAUCAAGCCGCAUCGAAAAAAUUCACGUCGGAGAAUAUUCACAAUAUGUUCGGAGAAACAGCAGCAGCGGUUGGAGUGAAGCAAUCGGCAAUAUUUCCGGAUGGGAUAACAUUUUUCCUUGCCGAGUUGCGAUGGCGAUCUCUGGGUUUAAAGCUUACUUGGGGUUCACGCGGAAACGCCUAUCAAAUGCGAACAGUCGGGCUUUACAGUGCAAUCAGUAUGCGGAAAGAUCAGAUGGACUUGGCAGCGAAAAUUGAAGACAUUCACUUGUGCGAGUCCGAUCCGAUCGGUCCAUACGCAACCCUGGUGAAGUCUGCAUCGACCGAUGCCAUGAAGCUGAAGGUGAAUCUGUAUAAAUUGAAAACGGAUCACGAAAAAUAUGUCGAUGUCGACAAGAAUGAUAUAUCUGUGGAAGCAACUUUUGGUCGACUGGAUGUCAUCUACGUUCAGCGUUCAUUCCUUGAAAUGCUAGAAGUUUACAACGACGUCAUGGCUGUCGUAGCGAGUCCCGAAAAUCCUCCAGAAAAAGUUGAACAGGAAGAUAAGAAAGAUGAAGACCUGACCCAAGCUGUGACGGACGCAUUGGUGGAAAUCGGCGAACGUCCGCAACGGAUCAAAUUGAAUGUUUCCAUCAAAGCCCCCGUUGUACACGUGCCUCGUAACAUCAACAGUCUGGAGGCUUUCGUGGCCGAUUUCGGUGAAAUCAAAAUUAUAAACGAAUUCCGUCUCGGGGAAACGUGCAACGAGGCUGGACAUCCGAGCAUGUAUUCGGACUUCCUCAUCCGUUUGACCAACUUGAACAUGUCACGAUGUCUGUUGGCCAUGUCUAAGGGAAGCGAGGAAAUUUUGGACGUAUUACAAAUCGUGUCCAAGGUGAUGAUCUUUGAGCCGAUCACCGUGACUGUUGGGUGCCAACAGAAUUUAUCUGCGGAAUGGCUCAAAAAAGCACCUGUGAUGGAAUUCUACGGGCAUUUCGAGGACAUAAAAGGAAAUCUGUCCGAUGAAGACUACGACGUGUUGAUGCUGACUUUGUCGGAAAAUUUGAGUGAUAAUCCGAGCAAGCGAGGAUCAACUUUGCCGAGGAAACGUGUGGACAAUGGGUUGCAGAAAAGCGGUGAAAUUCAAGUUGCCGAGGACGCCCUUGCUAUUGAAUCAGUUCCCGACACGCAAACUAAGCGUUUGCCGCCAGAAUCAGAGCGAGUAACGCUUGCUUGCUUGCUGAGGCUAGAGACAAUUUCACUUGAAUUGUUCAACGGAUCUUCAGAAUUAAAUCGAGCCGAUGAUGCUCCGGUGUUGAUCAAGAGGAAUCCGAAACGAAGUUUGUCAAUCGUGAAGCUGACGGGUAUUUGUUUGGGAGCCCGAAUGAAGUCGGAUUCCACGCUGCAGUCACAUGUCAGAUUGGAAGACUGCGUGGUGCACGACUCACGCUAUAGACGAAGAAAAAGCACCAGUGGGAUCGUUGAUUUAUUCCAUCGGAAACACAAACGCCAAGUUGAUGGACUCUCAGAAAAAGGCACAGAUGCUGAGAGACAAAAAGCUGGACAAGACAAAAGCACGGAUUCCCCGAAUAUUUAUGAAGAAGUUUCCGUCGACGACACGUACAUGGCGGGAGUGGACCUUGAGUACGAAGACGACCUUUUGUUGCAGCUGCAAAAGCGAUGCGAUGACCCCAUUGAUGCCAUGAUGCGGAUCUUUCGUCGCUACGACGCCGGGCUCUACGAAUUGGAAGAAUCCUGCGAACUGACGCGUCCUGCCGACACUGACGAGAAUGACGAGUUUUACGACGCCCCUUCGGAAGAAGAAGACUUUGCAGACGCUGAAGAAGCCUCGACUUUGCCGAUGUCGAAACGAUCAGUCGGGGGUGCGGAUUCCGCUGUGUCUGGAGCUAAGAGUGACCAGAAGGUGGACAUGGAAAGAGCUUGUAGCUUCGCCAAAAAAAUGUCGGAGACCGGCAAGCAAACUGCGAAGCUUUUCAAGGAAUUUUCCGACAAAAUCAGGUCCUGUGCCGGAUCGAAAGACAACAUGCUGGAUAUCGUUUUCAAGAUCAACGAGAUUCAGGAAACUCAUGUGAAAAUAAGAACAGCGCAUUCUGUAGUAGUGGCGGAUAUUGAAUACCUGAUGGCGUUGAGCGAGUUUUUCCUGAUCUCGGAGGAGACGCGCCAGUCUACGAGGAAUGUUGUUGUCCGAAAGAGACCUUCAAACACUGCGUCUGCUUCGCCCGAAGUGAAACCUGGAUUGAUGGUCGUCCGAUUACUAGUUAAUGAACCGGAUAUUGCCCUAGUUGAAGAUUUGAACGACAUUAACUCGAAUGCCAUAAUCGUAAAUACGAGAUUGAACUUCAUCGCGAGUUUCGAUGGUCCUGUGACGAAGUUCCAAGGAUCAUUUUCAAAGCUGAGGAUGUACUCCGGGGUUUAUAAUCCGAAACGACGACAAGAAACCACCAACAUGAUUCUGAAGCCUACUGGAUUUUCUGUUGUAAUGAAGACGGUGGUGAAUGAAGAGCAGAAAAUUGAUUUGAACGUCGGUCCAUUGAUUUUUCGCAUUGAUCCCUCGACCAUUGCAUUGAUGUCGUCGCUGUCAGCCAAAGCUGCGCAGUGCACGAAGACAGAUGCAGACUUGGACGAGUCUGCAGAAGUCACAUUGAAGUCUAGACCCACCCUCAGUAUUUGGGAAUUCGCGGACCUUGAGCCCAAUGAUUUCAAAUUUGCCGAAGAAGACCCCGAGGAAGUUCCUCCGCUCGUUGCUGAACUCGGGUUCGGGACUGACGUUUUGUCCAUCGGAGGAAGUUCGACGGGGUCCUCGAUCAUUCCGAAUAUGACGCAGUUGUUGGUGUUGGAAGCCAAGAAGGUCUUAGUGACCUUGGAAUUCGGUUCUCCCACAAAACCCAUCCCCAUUGUGAUGCUUGACGCGUCAUUUGUUGGGGACGCGUCGAACUGGACGUAUGCCUUGGAUGCGAGUUUCACUGCAAGUUGUCAGGUUGCGGCGUAUAAUCCCGAAAAAGGGGUUUGGGAGCCGUUGCUGGAACCGGUUGAGACUCUGAAUGAGGCAUUAGUUGUAAGACGUGCGUUCGAGUUGGACUUCCUUGUCAUUGGGCGAUACGAUGGACACAGUAGUGCCGGAAGCAUGGAAGAUGUUGACCUUCACUCGGAAGUUGCAGACGUAGUCGACUCCGGAUACAGCUCACUUCGACUGCCGUCACCCAAAUUGACCAUCAGCUGCGUUUCAAAAGACACAUUGAACCUGACGGUUUCGAAGACGUCUCUGGAGGUGAUGACAGAACUGAGUGCGUCGUUUGCGGAUGCGAUGACGAUUGAAAUGCAGAAAAAACCGGCCCAGACUGCGCCGUAUAUUCUGCAGAAUGAUUUGGGUGUCGACGUGGUGCUGGAGUUGGAAAAGAGUAAUUUCAAGGUUUUGCAAAAUGCGAUGCUGAGUGUGGAUGAGCAGUGGGUUUUGGGUGCGGGAGAUAACGUCGGAUUGGACUGGUUUGAUUUGAGUUCUGACGAUGGAGUGGCGGAGAAACGAUUUGUGCGACAGUACAAGGGAGUGGAUGAGAUCUUGAAAGAACAAAGUACACCUGAACAACGUUUUCUGUAUCUGAAUGUGCACAAUUUUUUCCAGUUUCCCAUACAAGUUUUUUAUCUUGGAAAGAAAGAUAACAAGGAAUCCAAAAUUUUGUGUGCGACUGCUGAUCCUGGGAAGACGGCGAAUCUUCCGCUUCAUGCUGUUUUCAAUGCCACGGCUGAGCUUUACUUUGGUGCUGAAGGUGUCGAACCGUCAGUUCUACGCAUGCACACCUCUUUAGAGUUGCAACAGCCGUUUUCUCUGUUACCAGUUCUCCUCGGCAACACGACUGUCAAGGGCUGGGGUCAUUCCGCGAAAUUUGUUCUCCAACUGUACCCGACGGCCUCUGUGCGCAACCUGCUGCCGAUACCCAUCGAAGUUCGGGCGACGAGAGAAUCUGAACCCGGCACAACAUCACCUACAGCUAUUCCGGCUAUUGUGAAUGCCGGGGAAACUGUGAACCUGCCUGUGUGGAUCGCCGGGGUGUCGUGGUUGAGUGUGGCGUUGCCAGAGUAUCAAAAGGGAAGAUGGGAAUGCAGGGUGAAGUUGGAUGCGCAUCCCAAGAAGAUCACGACGAUUACCUUGUCAGCAACUGCGCAGGACUCGAAGAAGGCUGGGGUGUCCCUGGGUGUGCUCACGAAGCAGGAGAUUCGAGGCUCAAAGUUCUUUCAGAUUUUCUCUCCGUUCUGGAUGGUCAACGAAACCGGCAAGAUGUUGACUUACAAGUAUGAUGAAGGGAUUUGUUCACCGUUUGGCAAAUGGACAUUGUGUCCCGAAUUUUGUUCAAGCGAAAGUGCAUGCAAGUGCUUGCCAGAAACCGAAUCCGACUCGGAAGGGGGCGACGACCAGUUCAAUACCUUCUAUCAUCCUGGAGAUACGCGGAGUCCGGUUUUGUUCGCUCCAUCAAAGCACGUCGAAAUGACGAAGAAGCAAGGUUUCAAGUUACGUGUCUCGGGUUCGGAGUUUUCCGAUCGGGUGCCUUUGGACAACGUCGGUGAUGUUGGACUCGUGUCUUGUACUUCCAAAGAUCAAAUAUUCCAGAUUGGAGUAUCAUCAGUGGUGAGCAGCUUCACGCUGACACGGUUCGUGAUUCUCCGACCGUACUUUACAUUCACCAAUUCCUCACUCGACCUUCCGCUAUUCGUCCGUGGCGGCGGGCGGUACUCGGACACCAACUGGACAGAACUGCCGCCAGGGACGACCAUUCCGUGGUGGCCGAUAAAGCAAGACGAGAACAAGAUUGUUUUGAAGGCCGGGGAAUAUGCGGAGGUGAGCGACGCCUUCGACAUUGUGGACGCGGCCAACGAAUUGCUUCUGCGGCUUCGGAAUCCGAUCGGCGGGGUUUUUGUCGAGUGUACGACGACCGACUCUGCGAGAUCCGUGUCGUUUUCCCGCUAUCAACCCGGCAUGGCACCCGUGGUGCUGUUGAAUCAUACGACGAACAUGAAAAUUCGUUUCUGGCAAAAGAACGCGGACAAGAGCCAUUUCUUGCUGCCUGGGAAGAAAAUCAUAUUUGCUUGGCAGCCGGGAGAGGAAGGGAAUCGGACCUUUGUGUGGGAAUGCGGGAAAUCCAAAAUUAAUGACAAGCUCCUGCAGGAUCGAUGCGGACAAGUAGAAGGCCAAGGGGUCUACUGGGUAUCUUUCGUCCACGGGUCUCAGCGAGUCCUACUCUUCACUCGCAACGUGGAACUCGCGUCUGCGGCGCAAAUGUCUUUCGACUUGGAGGCGCAAGAUGUCGCUGUUAACCUGACGUUGACGGACGUUGGUCUGUCCUUGGUGGACGACAAGGCGCGGAAAGAGGUGAUGUACUUGAGCGUGUCGAGCUCGGGCAUCACUUGGGACCUUCAGCACGGGCCUGGGAAGCCCUACAAGUCCAUGGCUGCCAACGACACGUUGGCCCUGGAGAGGGCCUAUGGAGAGUUCAUCAUGCAGCAGGCCCAGGUUCAGAUGGAUGGCCCUCGAUUGCCGACAAAGAUCUCAAUCAGCAGGAAUAUGACUGUGGAUUUCAAAAGAAUGAUGCUUUGGACUCCGAGCAGCGGGCGGCUGAGACGAACUUUCCACACGGGAGUUUGGAUCCACUACGCGUCGUCGCCGCAUCAGAUGAGCGUUCACGUCAAGUUGCACAAUGUCCAAGUGGAUUGCCAGCUGCACGAUUGCACCUACCCUGUUGUUUUUGCACCUGUGCAACCCGCGAAAACCGUGGCACAACUGGGCGAAGGCUCCACACGACCCUUUGUCGAGGUCUCGUUGCGAACUCGGAAAACGGAGAGCACGACGGUGGCGUAUCACUGCAGAUACCUCAAGGUCCUCGUGCAAGAGUUUUUCGUCAAGAUUGACAACGUGUUUGUGAACGGGUUGCUGCACUUUUUCGGAACUUCGGAGAAAGUCGCUGUGGACUUUGACAAGGACAUGAACUUGAUUGCCAAUGUCGGGUUGUCGAGUGACGCCUUGGUUGGGGUCGGCGAAGACCCGAUGAGGAUUUACUUCGAACUGCUGCACUUCUCGCCGAUCAAGAUGCACUUGAGCUACAGUUUGGCUGGCUUUGGAGCCGGUGGUGCGACGGGGAUCCGAUCGGAGAUUGUCGACCUGUUUCUGCAGAGUAUCGGGGUCACGUUGACUGACGUGGAUGACGUUGUUUUCAGGUGA